AUGUUGGCUGUCGAUUCCAAGGACCAAAUAACUCGUACUUACGAGCAGGAUGCCCUCAGUCUCCUGGAAACGCGCAGAUGUCGCGCCCGACCAAAGGCGAAUUAUUCUCUACAGACAGAGAAAAGCCCAACAAAUCUCACUACAACUGUGCGAGGUAUUCCAUGUCUAUAUGGAAUGAGAGAGUGGCUACAGACUCUCGGACAUUCGGACACCGAUAUAUCUGGCCUAAACAUAAUCCACAUCACCGGAACAAAAGGCAAAGGCAGCACAUGCGAGUUCACCUGCUCUAUUCUCCAUGCACAUGGGCUGAGAACCGGCUUCCCCAUCUGGGAUACGCUUUUGAAUACCAACAUCCCAAACGCAGACACAACACAGCAGCCACCUCGCUACCUGCAAUUUCUCGCCCUGCUCGCUUUCCACACCUUCAUCCGAGAGAACGUCGACGCUGUAAUUAUCGAAGUCCACCAGGGUGGCGAAUUCGACGCUACGAACGUCAUCCAGAACCCCGUGGUCACAGGCAUCACUUCCCUACGACUGGACCACCUUGACCAGCUCGGCCCUACAGUCGAAUCCAUUGCAUGGCAUAAAUCGGUAAUAUUCAAACCCGGUGCACCUGCAUUAUCUGUUCCGCAGGACGAUAGUCCGUCUGAGGUAUUGCACGCUCGUGCCGCGGAGAAGCAUACUUCAUUGACUAUCGUCCCGCUGAACCCUAAUCUCCCUACUGACAGUAGUGUAUUGGGUAGUCCCGUCCAGCGACUAAAUUAUUCCCUAGCUAUCGAACUAGCCAGGACGUUCUUGAAGGCAAAAGCACCCUAUCAUGUAAUCAAGCCAGAGGACAUACCUACCGCUAUGAGAAAUAUCACCCUAAUCGGAAGAUUCGAGAUCAUCGAUGACCCAGACGGACAAUCACAAUGGUUCGUAGACGGCGCACAUAACACACUUAGUCUUGAGAAAACGGCGGAGUGGUACUCAGAUAUUACCAAGAGGUCUGCGGAGCAAAGACACCGAAUCCUGAUAUUUAGCCACUUCUCGAAAGACCGAGACGGCCUAGCUCUUCUAGAAUGCCUAGCAGGAUCUCUUGUUGAGCAAGACGCACUACUAGAUCAUGUUAUCUUCACUACUUACAUCUCAGCGUGCUAUCUUUGUUCGCUUGAAAAAUGGAAAGCUACCGUUCCUCAAGGCACGAGUUCAAUCUCGACUAGGGACACCAUUGAAGAAGCAGAAGCAAUAGACACAGCAAGGAGUAUCAGUGCACAGCAGGAUGGUAAAGCGCAGGUCUUGAUUACGGGGUGUUUCCUUUUGAUUGGUGGGGCGCUUAAUAUCUUGCGUUGUUCGUGA